AUGCGUCAGAAGAGGUGGAUGGAGUUGUUAAAGGAUUAUGAUUUUGAACUAAGUUAUCAUGCUGGAAAGGCAAAUGUAGUAGUCAACGCAUUGAGUCGAAAAUCCUUAACAAUAGCUUGGAUGAGGAUCAAGGAAGAGGAGCUAGUGGAGAAAUUUGUGGAUCUUAAGUUGGAUGUGGUGUUGCCAGCUAUCGAGCAAGGGAAGCAAUGGAGAGUGUCAUGGGAUCAAGAUGGAUUGUGGAGAUUCAAGGGUAGGAUCGUUGUGCCGGAUGUUAGGACAUUGUGGCAAGAUAUAUUGAAAGAAGCACACAAGAGCGGAUUUUCUAUUCACCCUGGGAAUACUAAGAUGUACCACGAUCUGAAGGCUAUGUUCUGGUGGCUUGGUAUGAAGAAUGAUGUGGCAGAACAUGUCUCAAAGUUCCUGACGUGUCAGAAUGUGAAGAUAGAGCAUCAGUAA